UGGUCCGAAAACAGUCGAAAAUGGUCCAGAGACCAUUCAGUGAAGACAACCCGAGCCAGGAUUCGAACAACUCAAAGCAGCAUGUUGUAGUUUACCCCGGGUUUGCUCAAAUAAAAUCAAUUGUUCAUAGAAUGCAACGUCCAAAAAUGUCUACAAUUCUAACUUCGGCUGACACCGGAAAAAAUAAAACGAUGUUUUCUCGAAUGAAUAUUGCCAGGAAUGAAAUUUUGCAUCCUUUCGACCUUCGGAUGGCAAAAUAUGCUAUCACGAAUGCAAAACAGGGAAAUGAAGUAAAUCAUGAUCCCGAUGUAAGCGCACAAGGAACUAUGCAAAGUCUAUCAGAACUCAUGCUUAACUCCUACAAUAUACCUUCAUCUAUUUUCUUCCCAACUAUAGAAGAAAAGAGUUCGCAUAGUAUUGAAAAAGAGGCAUUCAUAAAAAGUACUGCUGGUCUAAAUUCUAAUAAAACUGCAAUAAACGACAUUGGAACUCUUCAAAGUUUCAGUUCGAAAAGAGAAAAUACAGCAGUUGAAGAAGUAGAAGCAUAUGGGAACGAACUAAACUUUACUGCGCCUCAAUAUCACGAGCCAGAUAUCAGAACAGUGGUUUUAAAUGAUAAUAGAUCUUUGAAUUCACCACUUAAUUGCAGAGAGUUUAAGGAAGCUAAAACAGAUAUAGACGCACAAGAAGUAUUUUCAGAAUUUGAUAUUGAGGUGAUAAAAGGUGGCACUAUAGGAGUUUUAAGUCAUUUAGUUAUUUUCAGGCAAUAUUGUAAUGCAUAUCAUUAUGAUUUCAGCCACCAUGGAUAG